AUGUGGAUUUUGCUGAUUGAGGUUGUAGCCACUUUUCUGGAAGGAGGAGAGCUUUGCACAGCAGUUUGUAUACCCUUCAGCCAGAACAGAAGACAAGGAAACUUGAUAAGCAGAUUCGUGCAAGUGUGUGAUCUUUUGAACGAUCCGCCCCAAGAACAGGUUGUGAAGAUCGAGGUCGAAAACUGUUCGAAUGCGCUCAAAGUGAAGCGGGAUGUUCUAGCAACGUCCAAUGCCACUACACCCUCCCUUGACGAUGGAGUGUUCGCCAUGUCCGCCAGUAACAACGAGCUGCUUGACCUAUCCGACGACGAGGACUCGUCGCACUAUGUGGAAGUUGUCGUCGGAGAUGUUGAUACUGGCACCUACAAGUUCAGUGUCAAUUUCGACGGCCAGGUCGAAUAUGCCGCGAUCUUAGGUGGUGAUGGAUAUGUGUAUAGCAGUGAUCGCUACGUGGGCGGACCCCAAACAUUUUCCUUCAAUAUCGAAGAAGGCUCGAGCGACACUGUCUUUCUGUCUGCAUUUACCGAGAAUCCUGUCAACGUCUCGUACAGUGCUAGCAUCAAUGGUUCAACAACAUCUUCAAGCACUCCGACGCCUUCCACGUCGAAGGCAGAUCGGGUGCAUCUACAAUACCGUAUUGCCAUGAUCAGCAUUAUCAGUGUUGUAGGAAAUUUGGUGAUGAACAGUAUCAGAAACCUUUUGUGA